GCAAUCUACAAACAACCAUCAAUGCGUAUCGUCAUUCUGUUCAUGCUUCUACUGCUAUAUUCCAGUAGCGAAGCAAGGAAAAAGACUUCCUCCAAGCACUCAAACGUUGAUGAAUCCGAGCGAACUCCACCAGUGCAAUCGAACAAGUACUCUUCCAAGCAAAAACGUUCUAACUUGCUUGGUUAUUUGCAAACAGGUCAGUCUUCUUCAGUCACUUUUCAACUGAAUACGAAACGGAGUACUGAUAAAUUACAGAAGGUUGAUUCAUCAUCUGAACCAGCAGCAGUGGUGUCUGGUGGCUCGAAAAGAGAUGAAGACAAUACGAUCGAAGAUGUUGACGAGGAUAAAAUCGAUGAAAUACUCAGAGAUGCGACCAAAAAUCUUGUCAUAUUCUUUUAUGACGGACGUGCCAAAUGUCCUGGCUGCGGUGAUGCACUUUCUGAGGUCGAGGAAAUUGACGACGAUAUCGAAGCGACUGGCUAUAUUGAAGUUGUAAAAACGGAUGACAGAAGUGUGGCGCGCGAAUUGGGAGUUACAACUUUUCCGUCACUGGUUUAUUUCCGCCGUAGGAAUCCGAUUACUUAUGAUGGUGAUUUCAAGGAUUCUGAAGUGGUGUUGAGGUGGUUGCGUUCACAUGAUGAGGUUGUUACGUGGGAUUUAACGGAUGACAAUUUUGAGGAUAAGACCGACAGUUAUUCACCUGACGAAGGGGCGCUCGAUUGUUACAAUGCUGAUGAACCAGACUGCAAUGCGUUCGUUUCAUCGUGGGAGACAGUUGCUCACAAAUUGCGUGGUAUUGUUCAUGUUGGUAAAGUGGACACAUCGAUUAGUGAUGAUGUUACGGAAAGAUUUCGACUCGAUGAUGCACAGUGUCCCACAUUUUUACUUUUUCAUCGCGGUAAAAUGUAUCGAUACAAGGAUGCUGCAAAGGAUAUCCGUAGUUUGAGUGCAUUCGCAUUGCACAAAUUCAAAGAGCAACGAGGACAUCGUAUUCCCGAACCACCAACUGCGCUUGAGCACUUCUACGAGCAUGUCAAAGAACGUAUUCUGGAUGUUUUGGAUGAUAGUCAAGCAUUGUCUGUGAUUGGUGUUGGUGGAUUGAUACUGAUCGUAGCUGUGACGUUGUUCAUCAAGGCGAGAAGGGUCCAGAAAGGUGGUGCUAAUACCGAAAAGCCGAAAGUCAACUAG